GAAAGUUCAGGAAGUGACGUCAGAACGAUCGUCGGCGAGUGCUCGGCAGGCUAACAGGAGUUAGCAGAGCUUCAAGAUGAACAGAGAACAGAGACACGGAAAACCUGCUCGACAGGAGGAGGAGGAGGAAGAGCUGGAUGACUUCUACGACUGUGAGGAGACUCUGGAGCCUGCACACUGUAAAAAGGCGGAGCUUCAGCACUGCUACUUUAGACCAGAGACACUGACAGACAGAGGGGAGGAGCCAAGAGGAGGACACCAGGAGCAGAGAGACAAGUUACAGAAGGAGGAGCAGCAGAGUGACAGGCUGCAGGACGAGGAGGAUCAGCAGAGCGACAGGUUACAGGAGCAGCGAGACAAGUUUCAGAAGAAGGAGCAGCAGAGCGACAGGCUGCAGGAGGAGGAGCAGCAGCAGAGCGAUAGGCUGCAGGAGGAGGAGCAGAGCGACAGGCUGCAGGAGGAGGAGCAGUGCGACAGGCUGCAGGAGGAGGAGGACCUGGACUCAGAGAUGCAGCAGCAGGUGGAGUUUGACGAUGAUUACCUGAGGGAGGUGGAGAAGGAGCUGACAGACGAGGAGAAGGAGAGUCGACGUCAGCAGAGUUUGACUCUGAAGGAAAUGGGAAACGGACAGUUUAAAGCUGCAGAGUGGGCGGCGGCAGAGCAGACGUACUCGCAGGCUCUGGUUGUGUGUCCGGUGUGUUUCAGCGCAGAACGAGCCGUGCUGUUCUCCAACCGCGCCGCGGCGCGCGCUCACCUGGGCGUGAAGGAGCGGGCCAUCUCGGACUGUUCCAGAGCGAUAGAGCUGAAUCCAGACUACGUGCGGGCACUGCUCAGGAGGGCGGAGCUUUACGACCAGACGGAGAAACUGGACGAGGCGCUGGACGACUACAAGAAGGUUCUGGAACGAGACCCAAACAACAGCAGUGCCAAGGGAGCCUGUAUGAGGUUACCUCAGCAGAUUCAGGACAGGAAUGAGAAGCUGAAGGAGGAGAUGAUGAGUAAACUGAAGGACCUGGGGAACAUGAUCCUGAGGCCGUUUGGACUUUCCACCAACAACUUCCAGGUGAACCAGGACCAGAACACGGGUUCCUACUCCGUCAACUUCAUCCAGAACCACAACAACAGAUGACGUCAUCGCUGCAACAACGCCCUCGCCAUGACAUCACAGCUCCAUGUCUUCAAUAAAUGAUGCUUUUAAAUCCUCA